GGGUUGGGGAGGCAAGGAUCCCAAGGUCCUGCUGUUUCAUUCUCAGCUCCAGGUCACCACUAAUCCGCUCUUUCUAAAACUUUACCUUUCCUGGAUUUAUUACAUUAAUGAUAUGAAAUGUUAUGAUUUUUCACACAAACAUAAAACUUGGCCCGUUUGAGUUGAAUUUGGUAUAUGCUGAGAGCCCACCAGGUUCCUCUGUCCAUAAGAUUCUCCAGGCAAAAAUACCGGAUGGCUAUUGAAGAGAACAUUUGGCAGUCGCUGCACCCCACCAUGUCAGAACUGAAUUUUGCCUAGACUUGGGGAAAACUUGCAGCAGCUCUGGAUUGCCGCAGAAAUGUCCCACAGGAGAAUGCAUCUGGCCCUGUCUCUGGUCCUCAUCCUCUGUGGCCUGUUUAAUAGCAUCUUCUCUGAAAAGCAACAACACUCUCAACAGCACAUGGACCUAACCUUAUUAAAGAAAAUUGCAGCUCUCUCCCAGAAGACGGAAGCUCACCCUAAGGCUUUUGCCCAAGAAUUGUUCAAGGCUUUGAUAAUUGAGGAUCCCAGAAAGAAUAUCAUCUUCUCCCCUGUGGCCAUGACCACCACCCUGGCCACUCUCUCCCUGGUGAUCAAAUCCACAAUGAGCACCAACCACCCUGAGGACCUGAAACUUGACCCUGAACUGUUGGAUGUGCACAAGCACAUACAGCAUCUUGUCCACAUGGGGCAUGAGCUAAUGAAGAAGAAGCAACUGAAGCACCAUGACAUUCUCUUUAUCAACAGCAAAACAGUGGUCCACCAGAUGCUCCUUCAACAGAUAAGCAAGCUGCAGGGAGUGGACAUUCAGAUGAUUGACUUUACAGAUACAGAAAAAGCCAAGAAGGCGAUCAGCCACCACGUGGCUGAAAAAACACAUACGAAAAUCACAGACUUAAUCACCGACCUGAACCCUGAGACCAUCCUAUAUCUUGUCAACCAUGUUUUCUUCAAAGGCAUCUUGAAAACAGCUUUUCAGGCCAAACUCACCCAGAAGGAGGACUUCUUUGUGAAUGACCAAACCAAAGUGCAGGUGGACAUGAUGAGAAAGACAGAACGGAUGAUUUACAGCCGGUCAGAGGAGCUACUUGCUACGAUGGUUAAGAUGCCUUGCGAAGAAAAUUUGUCCCUAAUUCUUGUGCUCCCAGACGCAGGGCAAUUUGACUCUGUUCUAAAAAAGAUGACUACUAAGCGAGCUAAACUUCAGAAAACCAGUGACUUCAGACUGGUGCACUUAGUUCUGCCCAAGUUCAAGAUCUCCGUCAAGAUAAACUUAAAGCAUCUACUUCACAAGAUUGACCCCAAACAUAUGCUGACUACCACAGCAAUUUCACGGGACAUCACAUUGAAGGCUCCCCUGCCUAAUUUGGAGGCCCUGCAUCAAGCUGAGAUAGAGGUGAGCGAGCAUGGCUUAGCUGCGGACGCAGCCAUGCACACAGAAAAUCUGCUGAAAAUCCCCCUGAACGCAAAGGAGGUCCCCGUGGUCGUGAAGGUCAACAGACCCUUCUUGCUGUUUGUGGAGGAUGAGAUGACUCAAAGAGACCUCCUUGUGGGCACAGUCGUCAACCCCCAAGUUGACUAGAGGCGGGGCCAGGCUGUGCAGUGCAGGAACUUAGCGGGCCGUGAAUAAAAAGAGUACAAUUCACCA